CUGUUAUUCCCAGUUGCCCCCGUCCAGCAAGUAGCCUCAAAUUACAGCUCCAGUCUUAGAUCAUUAAUCUAUGGCUCCAGUAGAGUAAUUGAAUUGACGUGCUCUGGGAGAGCUAACCGUUUACCGUUUAAAAAGUACGUCACACGGCGUCACAUGCCUAUAAAUUCAUAACUACUUGGUAUUUUUGAAUGAAAUAAAAACAAAUGUAUUUACUCGUUUAUAUUAUUAUGUAAAAGCUUAACUGUAACAAAGGUUUCAAGUGAUUUUGCACACCUAGUACUAACAUUCUCCAUUGUCUUUUAGUCUUAGCCAUUUAUUUCUAUUGGGAAAAAUAUUUCUCUCAAAACUCUUUCUUCUAGACUACUUACCCACCUACUCUCGUUGUUUUUUUACUUGGUCUCUCCUAACGACAGGCAGGAGGAAUAAUUGAACACGACGAAGAUCAAUUGGCUAACUAAAGAAAUAAUUCUGUGAGGUGGCAGGCAGCCCUACAAGAUGUUAGGAGAGCGUCACGGACUUUUGUCCUGACCGUUCCGGUGAUUCGCUGGGGUUUAUUUAAACCCUUGUGCGAGCGGCGCCUGCGUUUAUACCGGACGUGCUGUUCUAUGGGUGCAAACGGCCAGCCUCCGACAUGCCGAAGAUGGUGACUCGAGAGAAAAGCGACUACGGGAGAAAGGUGCAAGAGAAGGCCGUCAUCGAAAAGAGGCAGAUGGCGAUCGAGCGGAGCGCAGCGGCGGCCGCGGAGCCGCCGGCCCGCGCCGCGCCCCCCGUGCGCGUCAUCACCCUCGAGCACGGAGAGCACCACGACUCUACGCUUUACAGAUUUGAAAAAGGCUGCCAUUUACAGUUCUGCCCUGGUCCCAGCCUACUCGGGCGAAAAGUUUUCUUGUACACAAACUACGUGGUGUCCGAUAAUGCCGACGAAGACGGCGGCGGCGAGCAGGCCGAGUUCGUGCGCAACCAGUACUACGGGCUGGAGUGGCGGCGCGAGGAGGCCGGGCCGGGCGCGGGCGCGGACACGCUCGGCGGCGGCGUGCUGGUCACCGACACCGACGCCUUCUGCGAGCUGCGCCUCGCGCGCGCCGGCUCCUUCCAUUACUACUUCGUAUACGACAGCGCCGAGUCCAAGAUAGGUCCGCAGGGCUCGGGCUGGUUCCAAGUGGCGCCGACGCUGCGCGUGGGCGCGGGCGGGCGCGAGCGCGUGCCGCUGGACGGCGUGGCGUGCCUCACGGUGCUGGCCAAGUGCCUCGGCCCGCUGCCGCGCUGGGAGUCCGCGCUGCGCGUGGCGCACGAGGCCGGCUACAACAUGGUGCACUUCACGCCCGUGCAGGAGUUGGGCGCGUCAAAUUCGAGCUACAGUAUCGCGAACCAGCUGCGGCUGAACCCUCGCUUCAGCGCCGACGCGGGCCGCGAGGCCACCUUCGCCGACGUCGAGAACCUCGUCGCCAAGAUGCGCUCCGACUGGAAGAUGCUGUCGAUCUGCGACAUCGUGCUGAACCACACGGCGAACGAGACGCCGUGGCUGGCGGAGCACCCCGAGGCCACGUACAACUGCAGCAACUGCCCGCACCUGCGGCCCGCGGCGCUGCUGGACGCGGCGCUGGCGCGGCUGUCGGCCGCCGUGGCGCGCGGCGACCUGGAGCCGCGCGGCCUGCCCGCCCGCCUCACCGAGCACGCGCACCUCGACGCGCUGCGCCACGCGCUCGACGCGCAGCUCGUGCCCGAGGCGCGCCUGCACGAGCUGUUCCAGUGCGACGCCGCCGCGCUGGUGCAGGAGUUCUACUGCCUGGCGCGCAACCGCGUGCCGCCCGUCACGCCCGCCGCCGAGCCCGCCGACGAGCUGCGCCUGCUGCCCGACCCGCAGCGCCGCCGCCUGCGCGCCUCCGUCGACAUGGAGCUCGCGCUGCGUCUCCACAACGUGUACCGCGCCGAGUGCUACGACGAGGACUCGCGCCUCAAGAAGUGCUGCGAGGAGCUGAAGCGCCGCCUCGAGCGCCUCAACGAGGCCGCCGCCGAGGAGGUGCGCCGCCACCUGCGCGCCGCCGUCGACAACUGCGUGGCCGGCGUGCGCUACCAGCGCCUGCAGGCCGACGGGCCGCGCGUGGCCGAGGUCGGCGCCGCGCACCCGCUCGUGCCGCGCUACUUCACCUGGCCCGCCGCGCUCGACGCGCUCGCGCCGGCCGAGCUCGAGGCGGCGCUGUACGGCGACGCCGGCGCGCUCGUCAUGGCGCACAACGGCUGGGUCAUGGACGCCGACCCGCUGCAGGACUUCGCGGCGCGCGAGCUGGACGGCCGCGUGUACCUGCGGCGCGAGCUCAUCGCCUGGGGCGACAGCGUCAAGCUGCGCUACGGCGCGCGCCCCGAGGACAGCCCCUUCCUGUGGGCGCACAUGCGCGAGUACGCGGAGCUCACGGCCGAGGUGUUCGACGGGCUGCGCAUCGACAACUGCCACUCCACGCCGCUGCACGUGGCCGAGCACCUGCUGGACGCCGCGCGCAACGUCAAGCCCGAGCUGUACGUGGUCGCCGAGCUGUUCACCAACUCCGACCACGUGGACAACAUCUUCGUCAACCGACUCGGCAUCACGUCGCUGGUGCGCGAGGCGCAGGCCGCGUGGGACGCGCACGAGCAGGGCCGCCUGGUGCACCGCUUCGGCGGGCGCGCCGUGGGCGCCUUCCGGCCGCCGCGCCGCCGGCCCGCGCGGGCCCGCGUGGCGCGCGCCAUGUUCCUGGACCUCACGCACGACAACCCGUCGCCCGUGGACAAGCGCAGCGUGUUCGACCUGCUGCCCACGGCCGCCAUGGUGGCCAUGGCGUGCUGCGCCACGGGCAGCACGCGCGGGCCGGACGAGCUGGUGCCGCACCACGUGCACGUGGUGGACGAGGCGCGCCUGUACGCCGAGUGGGGCGCGGGCGAGGGCCGCGUGGGCGCCGGCGCCGGGCUGCUGGCGGCGCGCCGCGCGCUCAACGAGCUGCACGCCGAGCUGGCGCGCGCCGGCUACGACCAGGUGUUCGUGGACCAGGUGGACGCCGACGUGGUCGCCGUCACGCGCCACGAGCCGCGCGAGCGCCGCUCCGUCGUGCUCGUGGCCUUCACCGCCUUCGCCGCGCCCGACCCGGCCGCCGGCCCGCGCGCCGUGCGCCCGCUGCGCUUCGAGGGCCAGCUCGACGAGAUCGCGCUCGAGGCCUCGCUGAAGCACGUCGACCACAAGAGCGGCGGUAGCCCCCUGCGCGGCCCCUCGGCGUUCGAGCGGCACCCGCGCUACAUCACCGGGCUGAGCGAGUACGAGUGCGAGGUGCGGCGCGGCGUGGCGCUGGCGCAGUCGGCCGUGUUCGCGGGCGAGCGCGUCGAGGGCGAGCACACCGUGCUGGACUUCCGCCCGCUGCUGCCCGGGACGGUGGUGGCCAUCCGCGUGUCGCCGCGGCCGGCGCACCGCGCGGCGCUGGCCACGCUGGCGCGCACGCUGGACGCCGUGGAGGCGGGCGCGCCCGACCCGCUGGCGCUGGCGCCCGCGCUGGCCGACCUCGACCUGGCCGACCUCAACGCCGCGCUGUACCGCUGCGACGCCGAGGAGCGCGAGGCGGGCGGCGGCGGCGUGUACGACGUGCCCGGCCACGGCCCGCUGGUCUACGCCGGCCUGCAGGGCGCCGCCUCGCUGCUGGACGCGCUGCGGCCCGCCGACGACCUCGGCCACCCGCUGUGCGCCAACCUGCGCGCCGGCGACUGGCUGCUGGAGUACACGUGGGCGCGGCUGGAGCGCGAGCCGCGCCUGGCGCCGCUCGGGCGCCGCUGCCGCGAGCUGCUGCGGCCCGUGACCGAGCUGCCGCGCUUCCUGGUGCCCGCCUACGCCGACGCGCUGCUGCGCGCGCUGCACGGCGAGCUGGAGCGCGCGGCGCUGGCGCGCAUGGGCGGCGCGGCGCGCGCGGGCGCCUUCUCGCGCGCGCUGGCGCUCACGUCGGUGCAGCUGGCCGGCGCCGGCUGCGCGCCGCUGCCGCCGCCCUCGCCCGCGCUGCCGCCGCCGCGCCCGGCGCGCGCCGUGUCGCUGUCGGCCGGCCUGCCGCACUUCGCCGUGGGCUACAUGCGCUGCUGGGGCCGCGACACCUUCGUGGCGCUGCGCGGCCUGUUCCUGCUCACCGGCCGCUACCAGGACGCGCGUUUCCACAUCCUCGGGUUCGCGGCGUGCCUGCGUCACGGGCUCAUCCCCAACCUGCUGGACGGCGGCCGCAACGCGCGCUACAACUGCCGCGACGCCGUGUGGUGGUGGCUGCACAGCAUCAAGCAGUACUGCAGCGAGGCGCCGGCCGGCCACGCCAUCCUCGGCGAGCCCGUGUCGCGCCUGUUCCCCAAGGACGACAGCGAGCCCGCGCCGCCCGGCGCCGCCGACCAGCCGCUGCACGACGUCAUGCAGGAGGCGCUCGACGUGCACUUCCAGGGGCUCGCCUUCCGCGAGCGCCGCGCCGGCCGCGCCAUCGACGCGCACAUGGCCGACCGCGGCUUCAACGUGCAGAUCGGCGUCGACCCCGACACCGGCUUCCCCUUCGGCGGCAACGACGCCAACUGCGGCACCUGGAUGGACAAGAUGGGCUCCUCCGAGCCGGCCGGCACGCGCGGCAAGCCCGCCACGCCGCGCGACGGCAGCGCCGUGGAGCUCGUGGCGCUCGCCUACAGCGUGGUCGCCUGGCUGGCGGCGCAGCACCGCGCCGCCCGCUACCCCUACCCCGGCGUCGUGCGCCGCCACCGCGACGGCGCGCUCACCUCCUGGACCUACGCGCAGUGGGCCGAGCGCCUGCGCGCCUCCUUCGAGCGCGCCUUCUGGGUGCCCGCCGCGCCCUCCGCCGCCGACGCGCGCCCCGACCUCGUGCACCGCCGCGCCAUCUACAAGGACACGCACGGCGCCUCGCGGCCCUGGGCCGACUACCAGCUGCGCUGCAACUUCGUCGUCGCCAUGGCCGUCGCGCCCGAGCUGUUCGACCCGCGCCACGCCUGGCUCGCGCUCGACGCCGUGGAGCGCCUGCUGCUCGGGCCGCUCGGCGUCAAGACGCUCGACCCCGCCGACUGGGCCUACCGCGGCGACUACGACAACUCCAACGACUCCGACGACCCCGCCGUCGCGCACGGCUACAACUACCACCAGGGGCCCGAGUGGCUGUGGCCCUUCGGCUUCUACCUGCGCGCGCGCCUCGCCUUCGCGCACGAGAACGGCAAGCACGCGCGCACCGUCGCCGCCGCCUACGCCGCGCUCGCGCCGCACCUCGCCGAGCUGCGCGCCUCGCCGUGGCGCGGCCUGCCCGAGCUCACCAACGCCGGCGGCGCCUAUUGCGCCGACUCCUGCCGCACGCAGGCCUGGAGCUCAGCCACCGUGCUCGAGGCGCUGCACGACCUCGAGCUCGCGCGCCGCGCGCGCCCGCUCGCCGCCGACUGACGCGCGCG